GCGGGCGCGCCUGGUCUUCCCAGCCUGCAGGUGGCAGUACGGCCUGGAGGGUGCUCUUGCUCGAAGUAACGAUGGCGACAGCUGCGGAGAAGGCCGGGAGGAGUACGCGACCGAAACAAGAAAAGGAUGAAGUCGCCUAUAAACAUCGACUGGAGAUGAUGAUCGGAGACUCCAUCGACAAUUUGGUUAAACGUAUAAUGCGACUCAUUCUACAAGAUACCUUUGAGGCCCAGUCGGAACUGCAUACAACCAUGCUGGAUCUGUUUGAGAAAAUUGGUAUCACUGGAGCUGAGGAUUGUCGGCCAGAAGCUCAUGUCUUUUUCCAGCGCUUUGCUGAAAUCGCAUGGUCUGAGCUUGUGGACGAAUGCUUUGCAGAAGGAAGCAUGAAGCUGAUUCACUCUCAUUCAACCUUUUUUCAGGCUUUGGGUUUUUUACGGCGAAUAUCUUGUUAUAUGCCUUGCGUUAAACGAAUGUGGGAUAAAAGAUACCGAAUAGUUACAAAUAUUGGCAUCAUGCUUGUCUUUGAUGGUGAAAUUACUCACCUACGCCACUUCAUCUGGCAGGAGUGCUUGAAAAUCCUUUACAAUUGCCUCGUCUUAUGCAAUGAAGAUGACAUAAAAUAUAUCUGCCAAUUGCAAAUCUUUAACUGCUUGGAAGUAGCUUGGAAAAUAUCCGAUGAACGAUUGAACCUUGGGUUACUUGUAAAAGCAUGGUUGGUUCUAGCCGAGCAUUAUCACAUUCCAAUUUGCAAGCAAACCUGGGAUCGAUCCACUUUCCCCCAAAUAAUCCAUUAUUUGUCAAUGGAAGAUGAAUAUGAGAUGCCAGGGGUACUUGUUGCUAGAAAGGCCAUUCAGGCUAUCACUGAUCCUCACGAAUACAAGAAAAACCCUUAUGUGCAUUAUAACCGUAAAGCAAGGUAUAUAUCUACAAUUACUGACAAUGAAACCAAGCCCCCUGAAACCUUCCCCAUCAUAUGUUCCUCGCCACUUUGUAACGAACUAGAAAACAGCCAGUGCCACUUCCGUACUUGUGACUCCUGUCGCCUUACGUAUUACUGUAGUAAAGCGUGUCAGAAAUACCACUGGAAGCAUGGUCACAAGGAAGAAUGCAUUCCUGUGUAUCCAAGGGAGGAAAUCUUAAAAUACUAUACGGAUGAUGUGAUAAAUGACUUUCAGCUGUACUGUAUGAGCCUGUCGAAUAACAAGAUGCUGGAAUGUAUUAUGGGCCAGCCAAUUCCAAAACGUAAGAAGGGAGAUGGGAUCCGCUGCUUAGGAGUCCUCAUCAAAAAUGAACAGGGUCAGUGGGUUACUAUUGAAGAGCAAAUCCCAGAAGCCAAGAAACAUGGAUUUCCUCACAGCAGAAGGAACAGACCAAAAGACUAAAUAGUUUUCUAUUUAGUCAAAUAAUAUUUUCAUCAACAAUAUUUGUUAUGACAUAUAAUUAAGACGUCAUUUGUUGCCUGAACUGAAAAUUCAUUAUUCUCAACUUGUUUCGCUUUAGUUACCACUGAGAACAUUUGAUUAUGGUUCUGUCUUAAAGAGUCCAUUCCUUUUUUCCUUUUCAAUAAACUAUUUUUCAAAGUUUUGUAAAAUAGCUUUCCACAAAUUGUUAAGGAAGAACCCUAUUAGACUGAAUGAACUUUGAGAAAUGGCAAUGUGAUUUGUGCUUUAUUCCAAACUUCUUAAAAUUUUCUUUUAUUGAGAUAGUGUGACCUUUCAAGCCUUGACCCCCUAGCAAUCCCCUGAGAAUUAACUUUAGCCUAAUCCCAGGACAAUUUACAAUGACCAAUUAAUCUACCAAUUUGUGCAUCUUUGGACUGUGGGUGGACACUGGUGAGGUCAUGGGGAGAAGGUUCAAUCUCCUUGUAGGCAGUGGUAUUUGAACGUGGGUUGCCAGCACUGUAAAGCAUUGUGCUAACCACUACACUACCAUGCUCUAUAAAGCAGCAGAUUGUCAUACUAGUUCAUGCCAAUUACUUUCAGCUCCAGUGAUCCAGGACUGAAACUGAUCUCAAAUGCUGUCUGCUACAUCACAGAAUUGUUUUUCCUCUUAUAAUCCUGCCAGAGCUCUCAGGUCUUCCUCUAUCAGUCUAUAAGGGCUACAGACUCAGUUUACACUCUUAAACACCAGCUCAAAACCUAUUUAUUUAACCUUGCUUUUAACUAUAACAGUUUUUUGUCUUAUUUUCAUGCUUAUUUUUAUAUUUGUACUAUUAUCCCAUUAUAAAGCGUCUUGCAAUAUAUCAUCUGUAUGAAAAGUGCUCUCUUACAGGACUGUGUACUUACAUAUACAUUGCUAGGGUGCCAAAGACUUUUGCACAGUACUGUAUUUGUCAACAUGGAGUGGAGAACAGUUUUAUAAAUCUAGCGAGGGUGCAGUGCCAUUGGACAAGUACCAGGGAAAGAGUGCCAGGAUUGGGGUGUAGACACAUCGUGAGACCCGGGGCAAGGUCAUUUGAUUCCAAACAGUUGGUGUAUUGAUCAUUACAGAAUGUUCCUCUCAUACUUCCCACUCCCUCCCCUCUCCCUUGCCCUUUUCCCAACCAUGAUUCCCCUUUCCCUGCCCCCUUCCCUCUCUCAGUCCACAAUAGAGACUCAUCUAGAAUCAGGUUUAUCAUCACUCACAUAUAUCAUGAAGUUUGUUUUUGUUUUUUUUGCAGCAGCAUAACAUUUCUACAGUACUGUGCUAAAGCACCCUAACUCUAUAUAUAUGUAUAACAUUAUUUGUGAUGAUUGGCCUGUCUGUCCUGAGGAACACUGAAUCUUAGAAUGGUACAGCACAGAAAAGCCCCUUUACACCCACUUUAACCAGGCCCACCAUGUUGCAUCGACAUUCAUCCCAUUUACUGCGUACUUCUUCUUUAAACAUUACAUUUAUACAGCACUUUAACAUCAGAAAAUGUUCCUUGAGAGUGCUGUUUUGUAAUCAAACAAAAGUGAAACUGAACUAACAUUUAUAAUCUUUUUAUAAUCACUAAACAUACUAAUGUGAUUUUUAAAAAGCAUUGAAUUUUAGAUUAAAUCAUUGAGCAGUUAAAUUCAGGUUAACCAUAGUUAAGUUGCAAUGGAAUCGAUGAGUAAAUGUUUAAAAUGGAAUUGUGUGAAAUUGUAAGUGCCUUAUCUUUAAGUGGAAAUGUAUUUCAGUUUGAAGUUUUAAUUAUUAUGUGGUGGCAAUGUAUUAUAAUUGAAAUUAGUGCUCAGUGUCCAUAGCGACUGCCGUCUGAAUAUGGCUAAAAAAUAAAUUGUAUUUCUCAAAGGUUAA